GGACUUCGGAAGGCGACUUGUGAGUACCCGCGGUAUCCCCCAUUCAGCAGCGAUCUCGCCGCGCCGGCGGGAGCGAGAGGAGAAUGCAGGGCGGAUCCGGCGGCAUCGUCUACGGCGGCCUCAAGUACCAGGCGCGAUGCAUCGCCGACGUGCGCGCGGACGCCGGGUCCACCACCUUCCUCGCCGGGACCCUCAGCCUCAAGGAGGAGAACGAGGUGCACCUGAUCCGGCUGCUGCCCGGGGAGGGUGAGCUCGUGUGCGACGGGCUGUUCUACCACCCUAGCGAGAUCUGGGACCUCAAGUCCUGCCCCUUCGACCACAGGCUCUUCUCCACCGUCUACACGUCUGGCGAGGGCUAUGGCGCGUCUGUCUGGAAGAUCCCCGAGCUGUACGGGCAGUCAAACUCGCCACAGCUCGAGCAGCUCUUCACGCUCGAUGAGCACUCGUCCAAGAUAAGAUGUGUUCUCUGGUGGCCACUAGGGAAGCAUGAUAAGCUAAUUAGCAUCGAUGACAAAAAUAUUUCUCUCUGGAACAUAGACCCAUCAAAUAAAUCAGCCAAGGUGAUAUCGCAGGGAUCUGCUGACAUGCUUCCCAAUUUACGCGGCGGAGCUUGGGAUCCACACAAUCACAACUCAGUUGCUGCCGUAACUGAUUCAUCAGUCCACUUCUGGGAUCUCCGUUCUAUGAAGAGAUCAAAUUCGAUUGAGCAUGUGCAUAUUCGGGAUGUGGAUUAUAACCCCAAGAAGCAAAACAUAAUUGCAACGGCAGAAGACGAAUUGGGAAUUCGCUUGUGGGAUCUCAGAAUGCCUAAGUAUCCUUUGAAGGAUCUCCCUGGACAUUCACAUUGGACUUGGGCUGUUCGGCACAACCCCGAGUAUGAUGAGCUGAUUCUGAGUGCUGGAACGGAUUCAGCUGUCAAUUUAUGGUUGGCAAGAGUUGGUACUGAUGACUCUGGACAUGAAAGCCCUUCUGGUUCAUCCAAUAGGCAAGAAGAACCAUUAUUGAACUCGUAUACUGACUACGAAGAUAGCAUCUACGGUAUUGCGUGGAGCUCCCAUGACCCAUCCUUGUUUGCUUCUUUAUCUUACGACGGGAGGGUUGUUUUAGAAUCUGUCAAGCCCUACUUGCAGAGAAAAUGAAGCUUGUUGAUCUAUUUCCUCCACUUUAUGUGUAUGGACUUGUUUCUUGUGCAUAUAACUGGUGUUGUAGAGCUUCGCCUUGCCAUUAUGUAUUCUGUAACGAGGGAGUGAUGUGAUGACCUGGUUAGUAGUAACACUGGGGCAAUAGUAAGAUGAUGAUACUUCAGUAAUCAUCAUGGCUGAAGUCCAGGAUGAUUGUGUGAUCUAGCUUCGGUUGAAAAGAAUAUUGUGCAAAUGAGAUUACAAAAUUUUUCCUAUGUCUUCAGAUCUUUUACUAGCUUUUCGUUUUUGGUUGCUGGAGAAAAUGUCAAUUUCUGAUCACUGUUUCUUCGAAUUCCUGUAUAUCCAUGGAAUGGAAGUUGGUUGCCAGAUGUUGCAUUAUGUGAUGAAGUACAAGCGAACUGAAUAGUUAUGUCGGGAUUGGCAAUAUCAAAUCUCAGAGUCAAUUGAUUAA